AUGUGUUCAGGGAAAUCCGGCAAGUUUCAGAAGGCCGAGAACGACAGUCUUUUGGGAGAGCAAGGGGCAAAGGCGUCGAGUGGGACCCCGGGUCGUCGCCAGUCCCUCGGCUCUGCUCUGGACUACAAACGCACAGCACACUGGCUUCGGGACGUUCUGAAUAAUCGCGAAAGCUAUACGACAAGGUUCACGGAGCGCCCCGCCAAGAACAAGCAAGACCCGUCCGUCUUGCCCGAGCAGAGACGGAAAUCGGAGUCUAUGCUGUCCAACAUCCUGUCUGCCCGUCGUUUGACCCGAAACUCGUCACAGAGCACCAGGAAGAGUGUAAAGUUUGAUGGACGUGGCUUCAAACGAGCCGUCAACGACCUGGAAAAGCUGUUGAAUGAGGCUCUUGCCAUUGCGUCGCACGUCGUCGACCGUCCGGGAACCCCUGCACGCAAGGGAUGCAAGCCGCCGUCCUCCAGCCUUCGCUCCCGCCGCCGAAGCGUUUCGAGUGGCAACAUGGGCUCCGAAGGUUCGCUGGUAAACCUCACCCCUGCCUGUGCCCAGGAAACGGCUGGGAGCAUGGAAGAAGUGGAGCUGGACGAAGUUGCUCGCCCAAAGAGGCCGACUUGUCGACACGCAGCAACAUACUCGGGUCUCUCCAGGCGGCCGCGGCUGAACGAGAUUCUCCAGAGCUACUCUGGCGAAGACGUUGAGACCAAGACGAGGGAAUCUACCCGCGACCUCGACCAUGCACACGAGGCUUCCCUAUCAGGUCCCAAGGUCGCGUUCGAGGGGCUGGUGGGAUCAGGAGGGCUGCCGGCCAACAUGUCGCCCGGAGAGCCCACGCAACUCGGCGAGAUGCAGGCCAAGGCGAGGAAAAUCUUCCCGAACGUGACAUUGCCGGUCGUCCGAUGCGCGCUGAGCACGGCAUCAGCCUCCGGCGGCGGUCUCACGCGACAGCCAACAGCGAGAGACUGGUCGCCCAUCCGGAAGAGAUUUGUCGCGGCCGUGGCAUGCAUAAGCACGGCUCUGGUCGGUGUCAUCCUGGGCAUCUAUGCGGGCUUGGUGCCCUCAAUCCAGUACUACAUUAUCGACCAGUCCCAUGCCACAGUCCACGGAAACACGGGAUGCUUCUUGGGCUUGGCCGUGCCAACCUUGUUCCUCUGGCCGUUGCCGUUGCUCCAUGGGCGGAAGCCUUACAUCCUGUCCAGUCUUGUGCUGGCGAUGCCGCUGCUAUUCCCUCAGGCUCUUGCGGUCAACUCACAGAGGCUCACCAAUACGCAAUCGUGGCGGAGCAUGCUGCUUAUCGCCCGGACGCUCAUGGGCGCUUCACUGGGGUUUGCGAGCAUGAACUUCCAUUCAAUACUCACCGACCUCUUUGGGGCGUCUCUGAUGAGCGUGAACCCGCAUCAAGAGGUCGUCGACCAGUACGAUGCCAGACGACACGGCGGCGGCAUGGGCGUCUGGCUUGGCAUUUGGACUUGGUGCUGGAUCGGGUCCCUCGGCGUCGGCUUUCUCGUCGGCGCCUGCAUCAUUGACAGCUAUCCUCCGGCGUGGGGCUUCUACGUCAGCAUCAUCAUCAUUGCCGUCGUGCUGUUCCUCAACGUCGUGUGUCCAGAGGUUCGCCGAUCCGCCUUUCGCCGCUCGAUUGCCGAGGUGAGGACGGGGAGCGACAUUUCACGGCGAAUCGCUCGAGGCGAGAUCAUGAUGCACCGAGUCAAGACCGGCCCAAAGUGGUGGGGGCAGGAGGUUUACCACGGCCUCGCCCUGUCCUUUGAGAUGCUGCGACAACCAGGCUUCGCCAUCCUGACGCUCUAUUCCGCCUGGAUCUACGCCCAAGUGGUACUCAUCAUUGUGCUGCUAGGGUCUUUGGCUUCGCGGCUCUACCAGCUUCGAUCUCCCAAGAUUGGCCUUCUCGUUGGCUCCAUGGCUCUCGGGGCCUGUCUCGCGAUUCCAUUCCAAAAGGCAAACGUCUUUUCGAGAUCGCGCCAAGCGCAGAUGAACAACAACUUGGCAACGCUGAACCGAAAAGUGGCGUGGUCUUCUCAUCUUGUCCGCCGGACCAUCUUUACUCUUCUCCUGCCGCUCGCAGGCAUCUGCUACGCCGCCGUCUCUUCGGGUCCGCCAUUGCACAUCAGCGUCCCGACCUUGUUUGCGGGGUUUGUAGGGUUCCUCUCAUGCCUCGCCAUUGCAGAGUGCAACGGACUGGUCAUGGAAAACUUUGACUGUUCCGACCUAUCAUCGGGCAUGGUUGGGCGACAGCGUGGCGGGUCCGGAAAGAAUCAGCAGAAACGGACCAACUACUCGUCGUUUCCGCGGGUCACGGCAGGCUUCGCCGUCAUUCACGGGCUUGCCUUUGUUCUCGCCGCUGGGGCAACAGCUCUCGGCGGACUCGUCACCCGGACUCUGGGCCAGCAAGUUUCCACUGGCGUGGUGGCGGGCAUCCUCUUUAUACUCUCAGUCAUGCUUCUCCUCGUUCUCAUCCGCUUCACAGAGGUACAGAUCAUACCCCAGUGCAAGUCUGAGGCGAUGGACAAGCUGGUCGAGGCCCGACGACGGUCGAGCACCCGCCGAGCGUCGAUGCCCAACGACCCCCUGGCUAUCAUGGAGGAGGAAAUGGCCUGGAGACCGGUCAUGAUCGGCAACCCGACGGGGAAAAAACGCCGCAUGAACAUUCUCGAGCUCGGCGGCCUCACUCGCUGGAACGAGAUCCGCAAGAAGAACAAGCUCAUUGACGAGGGCGCACACUUGAAUCGAGCAGCCUGGGACCAAGGCAUGGAAGCCCUCGAUGAUCAGAUGAGCGACCUCCAAAGAGACGCGCGAGAGUUCUUCGGCAUGAGCAGCGGGAGGAGCAAGGGCACGAGACAUCUGCGUCGCACAGACGAAGGGAGCGAGACGGCAGACGAGUCCAUGGAGAUGGAGAACAUUGAGAUGCCAAGGGCGGGGGCGGCUCCGCGUGGGCGGGCUCGCCGCCACCCGGAGAGAUGUGCCAUGAGCCAGACCAGCGGAGAGGAAGGUGAAGAGGCGCGGGGGGCGCGGCACCGCCAUUGA